CUCUCAUCCGAUUCUCAGUUUCUACCGAGAAAAAAAAAACUCUUCUCUCAGUUUCUAAUUUCUGUCAUCUUCCUUCUUCUCUUCUGCAGAGUCACCUCCACUAUUGUUCAGUACCCCGUCAAAUCACCUUAAGGAAAAUGUCUGGAACUUGAAGCUGGAAAUCAAUUGAAAGGAGAAAUUUUCUUAUUAGAGAGGCAAAAGGUGUUGAAUAUUUAGCCUAUUGUAUUCGCGGGAAAAGGGAGUGAGAAUCACUGCCUUUAUUUGUUAUCACUUCAUCCCAUGAAAAGUUGAUUUCCCCUUAUUUAUUACUAUGAAGCUCAUUCCAUUUCUCAGAACUACUCCUAUCCCUCCCAGUCUCCUGGAAAAAAUUGGUCUGCCGCAAUGUCGUUUCAUCCAUAAGUACGUUCCCAGAGAUCCAAAGGAUAAGCCAAAGGUUUAUAGAUACCCAGCUUCCUAUGAUCCAUAUGGCCCUAGACCCCCACCAUGUGACAAGAUCAUGCAACUUGCUGAACGUAUGGCUGCCUUACCUCCCGAAGAACUGGCACAGAUUGGUCCCACUCUGAGAAACAAGCUACAACAUCCUAAAAUGCAACGAAUUGACUCAGAAUAUACGGACCUUGGUUCUCAAGGUGGGGCUUCUGCUGGUUCUGCGAAGGUAGAAGAGAAGAAGGCAGAGAAAACAGCAUUCGAUGUUAAGCUUGAGAAAUUUGAUGCGGCCUCAAAGAUCAAGGUUAUCAAAGAGGUUAGAGCAUUUACUAGUCUAGGAUUGAAGGAGGCCAAGGAACUAGUGGAGAAGGCGCCAGUUAUAAUGAAGCAAGGAGUUACCAAGGAGGAGGCUGACGGUAUUAUAGAGAAACUCAAAGCGAUCGGGGGUGUCGCAGUGAUGGAGUGAAGUGAUGGACUUCUGUGACUUAUGCAAGUUUUAAUGGGUUUUGUGCAGGCAUGAUGUAUGAUCUCAUAGGCACAUAUUCAGGGAACUAAAAAUGUCGUGAUGCACAAAUUUCCCAUAAGUUGAAUGAGUUUUCACCCACUAACUCAACAUCCAAGAAUACUUUCGUAGAGCUGAUUUCAGGCAUACUGUAGUUUGUAAGACUGCAAGCCUAGAAAUUUAGGCAUCUGGAGAGAAGAAUUUUUGUUGUCUUUUUAUAUUCUCCUGAUUAUAAAAUAGAGGAUUCAGCUUGGUAGUCUGGCAUCCUACUUUCAUUAUAUGAACUGUAGUUUCUACUUUUGGUACAAGUAAUAUUUUUAUUUUCUUUCAAGAAAAUGUUUUACGAAUUC